AUGUCAACUCGGGUCUCAGAAGCUUAAAAAACAAAAUCUCAAUUAAUUUUAAAAUAAUCAGUUGUAAAAUUUGUAAACAAAUAAAUUCAAUUGUAAAUGCUGAAGUUGAAGUUCAGCAGAAAUUUUUUCAUUGCAUAGCUAGUGUCGGCACCUCUAACAUGGGUAUUUUAGGGCUAUCGAAACUAAUAGCAGAUAUUGCUCCUCAUGCAGUAAAAGAAAUGGAAAUAAAAAAUUAUUUUGGGCGGAAAGUUGCCGUAGAUGCAUCCAUGAGUUUGUACCAAUUUUUGAUCGCCGUACGGAGUGAAGGCGCUCAGUUAACCUCCGUGGAUGGCGAGACAACUUCACAUCUUAUGGGCACGUUCUACAGAACUAUCAGGCUGGUGGAAAAUGGUAUCAAGCCUGUUUAUGUGUUUGACGGUAAACCACCAGACAUGAAAUCUCAUCAAUUGAACAAGAGAGCUGAACGAAGAGAGGAAGCAGAGAAGGAGCUACAGAAGGCAACAGAAGCAGGUGAUACAGCAUCAAUCGAGAAAUUCAACCGCAGAUUGGUGAAAGUAACAAAACAACACAGCGAAGAGGCCAAAGAGCUGUUGAAGCUGAUGGGAAUUCCGUAUGUUGAUGCACCCUGUGAAGCGGAGGCACAAUGUGCUGCUUUGGUUAAGUCUGGCAAGGUUUAUGCUACAGCCACCGAGGAUAUGGAUGCCCUGACCUUCGGAGCUGAUGUCCUUCUGCGUCACCUCACCUUCUCAGAAGCAAGGAAGAUGCCAGUACAGGAGUUCCAUCUAAAUCAAGUCUUGGAAGGCUUGGAACUCAACCAGACGGAGUUCAUUGAUCUAUGCAUUCUUCUUGGCUGCGAUUACUGUGGUUCUAUCAGAGGCAUCGGGCCCAAGAGAGCCAUAGAGCUGAUCAAGCAGCACCGCAGCUUGGAGGAGAUACUCAAGAACAUUGACACGGCCAAGUAUGUGCCACCAGAGGACUGGAACUUUGAGCAGGCGAGGAAGCUGUUUUUGGAGCCAGAAGUAGCCGAUCCUAAGGAUUUAGAGUUGAAAUGGUGUGAUCCGGACGAGGAGGGUCUGGUGAAGUUCCUGUGCGGGGACAAGCAGUUCAAUGAGGAGCGAGUACGGAACGGCACCAAGAAGCUGAUGAAGGCUCGCACUGGCACCACGCAGGGACGACUUGACGGGUUCUUCAAAGUAUUAUCAACUACGCCCAAUCCGAAACGGAAAGCUGAGGAGGAAAAAAAGAAGCAAGCCAACAAAAAAGCCAAAACUGGUGGCGGCGGCCGCGGCAGAAAACCUAAAUAAUUUGUGCAUUCAAGAUCUUGAUAGGUUAAGGUUAAUUUAUAAGUGCUGGACACAAAUUGAAAUUUGUACCCUGAGCCCCUGUAUAGUAUGGAAGUUCACAUUCUACUUCUUCAGUUUCAAGCAAGAGCAGCAUAAAAUAGCAGAGAAUGCAUGAAAUUGUGCUUUUAAUUUUCUAUAAUAGAUCAUUUACAUUUAACAAUGAAUGAAUGGAUAAUUACUGUAAUAUUUCAAGGAAUAAAUAAGCUUUAAUUUGAUAAUUAAUUGAUAUUCAAAUCUGAAUUUUUUUAUUGCACAACCAUAGCUAAAACUUAUUUU